AUGUCUUCUGAGAGCUCCUCACAGGAUGACACUGCAGAUGAAGCCCCUUCUCCCAUUGCUGCCUUUUCUCUUGUGCUUUCCAAACCUAUGGAUUCUAAUAUUACAGUAUGUCAGGUGCCUGGAGCUGGAGCUAACGGCCAAGAUUACCGGAGAUCCCCGGCACGGAAUGGGACAAGUGACAACAACAAAUGUGAUGGCGUUGAUUCCCCGUCAGAAAACACCAGCCUGCUGGACCCACACAACACCAAUAAACCUGCAUACAAUGAAAUUCAUAAAACACAAAAUGAGAAGAACCUUAUUUUGAAGGCUGUUACCCAAGGAGACAUAGUGUCACUAGAAAGACUAUUGGGAGAAAUCGAGGAACAGUCUUCUCAAUUUCCACAUCAGUUUGUGCAAGACUUUCUCAUGUACAGACUGACAUCACAGGACACUGGCAAAACCUGCCUGAUGAAGGCACUGCUGAACAUAAACGAUAAGACUCCAGAGAUAGUGCACAUUCUGCUAUCAUUUACCAGGAGACACGGUUUUCUGGACAGAUUUAUCAAUGCUGAAUAUACAGAGGAGAAUUACAGAGGUCAAACUGCUUUGCACAUUGCUAUCGAAAGACGUCAGAAUGAAAUUGUUAAGUAUCUCCUUAAAGAAGGUUCUAAAGUGAAUGUACGUGCGCAAGGCCUGUUCUUUAAUCCAAAGUGCAAAAAUAAUGGAUUUUAUUUUGGUGAAACUCCUUUAGCUCUUGCGGCAUGCACCAACCAGCCAGGCGUAGUUGACAUGCUCAUGAAGAAAAACGAGACCAAUGUCAGCAUCCAGGACUCUUUUGGAAAUACUGUGCUCCACGCACUUGUUACUGUAUCCGAGAAUGCAAAACCUCACAACACAUUCAUAAUAAACAUGUAUGAUAGGAUCAUACGCAACUGUAAAAAUAAGUUUUUAGAAAAUGUUACAAACAAUGAAGGCCUCACACCAAUGCAACUAGCAGCAAAGAGUGGUAAAUUGGAGAUACUUACAUAUAUUCUCAGCAGAGAAAUAAAGGAACAAGAAAACAGAAUCUUGUCUAGAAUGUUCACAGACUGGGCCUAUGGACCUGUUUCCUCUUUACUGUAUGACUUGAAAGAUGUGGAUUCUUCUUCCCCAAACUCAAUACUUGACUUGGUGGUCUACAAUACACGCAUUAGAAAUCGUCAUGAACUAUUGGCUUUAGAGCCUCUCCAAACUCUUCUUCAGAUGAAAUGGAACAAGUUUGCCAAAUACAUGUUUUUAAUGUCCUUUCUUUUUUUCUUGGGAUUUAAUAUUAUAUUUACUUUUUUGUACUAUCGACCACGUGGAGAUAAGGGUCUGAUCAUACUGAACAUAUCUAGUACAAGUGGAUUUUUUCAAAUUUGCGGUCAUGCGUAUGUUAUAAUUUGCUCUACAAUCCUAAUAAUUCACGAGGGCAUAGCAAUCUUUCGGAUAAAGCCUUCCGACCUACAUUCAGUGGUGUCUGAUGCUUGGUACCACUUUCUAUUCUUUACACACGGUGUCCUGGUUAUCCUAUCAACAUUAACUUAUAUAUCUGGAGUACAAGAAUAUCUGAUGUUUAUUGUCAUCUCCGUGGCACUUGGAUGGACAAACAUGUUAUAUUACACAAGAGGAUUUCAGUCCCUGGGUAUCUACAGUGUUAUGAUUCAGAGGGUCAUCUUGAAUGAUGUCUUGAAGUUUUUAUUAGUGUAUAUUCUCUUCCUAUUUGGAUUUGGUGUAGCUCUCGCUUCAUUGAUAGAACAUUGCACUGAGGGUGAUCAGUGCAGUCCUUAUAGCAGCUUCAGAACAGCCACCAUGGAACUAUUUAAGCUGACCAUAGGAUUAGGAGACUUGGAGAUGCAACAGGACUCCAAAUAUUCCACUUUGCAUAUGCUUCUUCUAUUAGUUUAUGUUAUAUUAACAUUUGUGCUUCUACUCAAUAUGCUCAUUGUAUUAAUGGGUGAAACUGUGGAUAAAAUUUCUAAGGAAAGUGAAAAUAUCUGGAAGCUUCAGAGAGCAAGAACCAUACUGGAGUUCGAAAAAAUCCUAAGAAUUUAUUUUAAAGAUAGAUUUAAGCUCGGAGAAAAGUGCAAAGUCUCUGAAAAUGACAUCAGAUUAUGUCUGAGAAUUAACCAGGUAAAAUGGACUGAAUGGCACAGUCAAGUCACCUGUGUACACGAAGAUGCUGGACUUUCACGGUCAAAUGUAAAUGAAGGAUCUGUCCACUCCAGUUUAAAUUCCAUCGAUGAAGUUGAUGCACCUAUACGACAAGAACAUACUACAAUCCAGUUGGAAACUGAACAUGACACAUUCCUGGAAACAGCACUUUAAUAGAAGAUGUGUGAAACAGGAUAUAUAUACCUCAUACGGAAUACCUCGACACAUCACUCUAUAAUUUAUUCCCGUUCCUAUUCUAUUCUAUUGUAAUAAAGAGCUGCAAAGUCAUGGCUGAAUGUCCAUAGACUGCUUCCCUUGUGAACUGUUGUAGCAAUUGUCUAAGCAGAUCUGUUACCUAAAUAUGGUGCCCUAUUUUGUAGCAUCUGUCUAAUAGGAACCAUGAAAAAUACAGCAGAUUCAUAAUUACAUGAUGAGUAUCAUGUCUAAGAAUUGGCAAAAAAAAAAGAAGCCAGGUCAUUGUAAAGAGGUUGUAUAUAAAGAGGAUUUUUUUUUUUAAUGUAAUUAUUUUUAAAGAAAGCACCAUGGUGGUGGCAAAUAUAAAGGAUACUUCCCUGCACUGAUCCCUUGCCGCUGCCAUUCACUUCCUCCUUCUUCCGAUAAUGUGCUGACCCUGCAGGAACUGGUUGCAGUGGUGACUGGUAACUCCUUUUGACCAGUGAUUGGCUGAGUUAGCAGGGUUGGCACAUGAUCAGAUUCAGGAAUAAGUAGAGGGCACCAGGGACCUGAAGCCUUGAGAAUGGCAGCGGAGGGGGAUCGGGGCAGAUUAAUAUGCUUAUUUUUAUUAAUUUAUUUUUUUGUUUUGCAGAACCUGGACAACAUCUUAAGCUGCUUUUGAUUACAAGUGUGGUGUCCCGUCACCGUAUUUCACACUGUCCCUUGGUGGGGGGGGGGGCCCAAAGUCAGAGUCCCUAGGACUGUGGGGGUCCGCUUCCCUAGUUAGCCCCUAGUCACCCCUUAGUAAGUUAAUAUUUAUAAAAAUUAUCAUUGUAAAUAUGUAUAUUGCAUUACUCCCUUGUUUGGCGUAGCAGGACCUUAGGUCAUGUGACCUGUUACUCAGAACUCUAUGGUAUGUUGAAGGACCUUAGGUGGUUCUUGUGUCACGUGUUCACCCACAAUGCCGUGUAACGGUGAGUGACAGUAGUUAAGGACCAAUCCAAAACAGCUCAGCCCCUGCCCAUAUAAGGAGCUGCGGCCAUGAUUCUCUCUUGGGUUGCUGUCACUGAACGAGGUAGGACCUCCGCAACUUUCAAGUACGUUUACUAGGCCAAAGCCUUGCGGCCUUGGCCUAUACCAAAGCUGUUGUACAUCUACAAUUCCCUGCUACUCUCUGCAAGAUCACUGGACCUAAACGCACCCCUAAAUCCAGCAGAUCUAUGCUACGGAAUCUUUUAAAAGCUAAACUGAUCUUAUCUGAUCCCAACCAACUGUCAAUCGCUGCUCAACUGUAAAUAGACUCUGUUAUCUGGACUGUUAUCGAUAUUGUCUGCUACAGAAAAUCUUCAGUAAAAGUUCCUGCAAGUUUUGAGUUAAACAGUGGUUGUGGAC